AUGGAGGAGAAGAAGAAGAUGCAGAUUGCGGCAGGGACCACUGCGCUUGACAUUCUCGCCACUGGACAGGAGAUCAUGCUUCGUGUUCGUGGUAAGGCCAACCUGUGCGUGGACGACGGAGGGGGCCACUUGAAUGGCGAGACUAAGUUCGUUGACCAGCCUUGCAACCCGAACAGCCCCAACCAGAUCUUCACGUACAACGCGAUGACGCACCAGUUCAAGAGUGUCUACAAGCCUGGUAUGUGCAUGGAUGAUGGCGGCGCCUGGAACGCAGCAGGAUCCCAAGCUCAGCUUUGGGAAUGUGAUCCGAACAACCAGAAUCAGUGGUUCGUCAUGGAUGAAGAUACGCUGAUGCUGCACAACCCCGUGAAGGAGAAUUUGUGUUUCGACGACGGUGGAGGCAUCGCACCGGGUCAGACUCGAUUCGUCAUGUGGUUCUGUAGUGACGACAAUCCGAACCAACACUUUGAGGUUCUACCUCGAGCUGCUAUGCUCGCAGAGAGGAGGAAGAAGCUCAUCGAUGCUGGAUUUGAUGACGACGUCGAUCUGCUUUACUCGGGCCAGAGCCUUAUGCUUCGCAUUCGUGGCAAGGAGAAUCUCUGUGUCGAUGACGGUGGAGGCCAUUCGAGUGGAGAGACCAAGUUUACCAAUCAACCGUGUGAUCCAACGAGUCCCAACCAGAUCUUCAGAUACGAUUCCUCGACGCACCAAUUCAAGAGCGUUAACAAACCUGGUUUGUGUAUGGAUGACGGUGGUGGUUGGAUGGCAGCGCAAACUACAGCUCAGUUGUGGGACUGCGACCAGAAUAACCAGAACCAAUGGUUCAUUCUCGACGACGAGAACAUGAUGAUCCGCAACCCAGUUAAGGACAAUUUGUGCUUUGACGACGGUGGCGGAACAACACCAGCUGAGACCAAAUUCUGGCUCUGGACCUGCGACGUUAACAACCCGAACCAACACUUUGAGAUUAUUUCUCCUGCUUCGAUCCAGGUACCAGGAAUUCCGAACCCUGACCGUAUUGGUACCAAGUACUUGGAUCUACUUAAAUCUGGUCAGCAAGUGUUGAUUCGUUCACACGGGAAGAACAACCUGUGCUUGGACGAUGGCGGAGGCUGGACGAGCGGUGAGACCAAGUUCGUCUACCGGCCAUGCGAUCCUCAGAGCAUGAAUCAGCUCUUCUCCUACGACUUCAAUACUCGCGAAUUCCGAAGUGUGAGUAAACCCGGAAUGUGCCUUGACGACGGUGGCGGUUGGUCUGCUGGUGAAAGCACAGCUCACCUCUGGAAGUGCGACGCAGGUAACGAGAACCAGUGGUUCGAGUUGGACCCUGAUACUCUGAUGCUGCGUCGUCCCGCGAAGCCCAACUUGUGCUUUGACGACGGUGGUGGCCAGGAGAAC